CAUAUAUGUCGACACUGAAUGGACACGGCAAGAGAGGAUUUUUUAAACUUCAGUAAGUGCUUCGGAGGCACGAAUUACUGAUGGUGAUUGUUAAUCUUUUCGCUUAUAAUCACGUACUUUACUUGGAUCGCGUUAUAAAAUAGUCACUUUAAUGACUGAGAAUCUACCUUUUGUGCUCUUCUUUGGUAUUUGCGGGACGUCGAGAUAUAGACAAGCUGCAGUUCCUCCGCCACCACCCGGCGCGACCGGACACUUACCUGCAGGAAAAUUAAAAUCAGAGAUUUCAGAUCGUAGAGUGGAACCACCCCUUUGCGUACAAAACGCAAUGCUUACGAAAGACAAGAAACCCUUUACAUACACACCAGGUGGAAUAGAUUUGUCAGAAAUUAAAUCCCCCAGAAUGGCGAGAAGGUUGGAACGUAACGCAAUGAAUGAGGGGGUAUCGACGGUUCCUCAGCCACAGCAUUAUCCAACUGGGCCACUUCCACCUUCCGCCUUAGCUGCCAUGCAACCGCAAUUGCCCGUACAGGUGUUUCCAUCGGGCGGUGUUCCUCAACUACCACAUAGUGGUGCACCGGCACCGCCGCCACCUCCGCCCAAAGCACCCCCAAUGAAAACGUCGCCUUUGCCUACAGAUUGUUACGAACGGCCUGAUAUGACAAAAAUCAUACCCGAUAAUCCGAUGGCAUUACUACGGAAAACAGCUGGACCUGUAGUCAAACAAGAUCCUAUUCUAAAUAAAUGUAGAACCAUCGGCUCGGAGAACCCCACAGAACGAGCACCACCCCAUCCGCAAAAUACAGGGGGUCAUUACCCACAAGUACAACCGACACGUCAAAUAAGCACGGAAGUACCUCCACCAAAACCAAUUUCAGGAGUUGGUGCAAUUUACGUCCCGCCAAUUAAUAACAGGCCUCAACCAGCGGAGCCUUCGCCUCCCAUAAGUCACAAGCCUCAACUAGUUGAAACGUCGCCUCCCGCAAGUUACAGUCCACCCGCAUAUUACAAGCGGCAACCAUCUACUCCCCAGCCGGAAUCUCCAAAGCCGCAACCGCAAAGUCCCGACAGUCUCAAUAGCCCCAAGCCGUCUUUGAGCAAAGCGCCAACGCCUUGGCUCACCCAGAGAAGGCAAACCUCUCAAGAUCAUCCCGAGUGGGCGGUAAAUGACCAUCGCGUGCAAUCUCCUCCGGCCCAACAAGAGCCACAACAGCAACCGUGGACGCCGCCCGAGAAACAAGAACCUCCACCACAAGCAAAACCGGUACGCCCCUGGCAACAACAACAGCAGCAACAGCAACCUGAAAUGCAGCCUUGGCAACAUCGACAAGUCUCCCUGCCAGAGCAAUACGGUCCACCGCCAACACAAUAUCAACGGCAACAACCGCAGCAGUUCAGACCGGAACCACCAGCUCCUUCACCCCAAAAACAAGGGGGCGUGAGAAGACAAAUUGAUAACCGGGAAAGGCCGCAAGAGUAUUUCCCUGCCGAAAAAACAGAAAUCGUCAUUGUCAACGAUCCUCCUAUGGUGUUCCAACAUCCCGGACAAACCCAGCAACGAGUAACGCGCCAAGUGCCCUAUCAGCAACAGGAACCUGGUGUACGCGUUAUACCAAUGCAAGUAGAGGGCAGAGCUACUAAUGGACAAGUCCGUUCGCCACAACACAACAGUGACGCUCGGUCAUUUAACCGCCAGAAUUCAACCCCAACUCAAUCAAACACCUUUAGGGUGCUACAGAAGAUCACCCAGACGGAUGGGGACGAUGACGACUAUCAGAUCGCUACCGAACACUCGCCAAAGAUGUACCAUCAAUUCCCGCAGCAGCAGCAGCGCAAGUGGGAUCAGGGCGAUCAGGCCCUGAUGAAUUCGUUUAGGCAAGAGUCACAUUUAGACAAUUUCGAAAAUCCAAGAUAUAGGGGUGGGCACAUACCGUCAAAAUUAUUUUGGAUGCUAGACGAUAGCGGUUUUGACGAAAAUAACACCCUUCAUAACGAAGUAGAUCCGAGAUAUCGCGGUCCUAACAUUCCCUCCAAGGCGUUCAAACUACUGCAAAACAUGACGAGCGGCCAAGACCAAACUGACGUUCCUCAAGAGUAUCAGCAGUCUGCAGUCGCGGGGCCUAAAGUGCGGACGAUACCGAUUCAGAUAGAAGGUAAUGGAUCUGUCAAAAACUAUGUCCCACCAAGCGAACAAACCGUUCAGGAGCCAAAAAAGUACAUGGGCAGUUCAAUACCUAGUCGCUCCUUUAAAAUGUUACAAGCAAUGACUGCACCUGAUGAAUGUGCGAAUCCCGGUCAAGCUAGCGAAAAUUAUACGAACGACCCCUCCUCGUAUACACAAUGGGGAUUCGAUCCCAAUCAACAUCCUCCACCGCCCUACUGUUUUGAUCCGUACUGGUCUUAUUAUAGUCAGAAUUUUCCCCCAAAUGGCGAUGGUGUCGAUCCGAAUCAAAAUCCCAGGAUGACUCCAGUCCCCUUUCCUUACUACUACCCUCCCUACUACUACGGACAGAAAGAGAAAGCUAACAGUUCAGAAUCAGUUAACAAACGUAGUCAAGGAACCACCCCUGUCCCUUGGCAGAGUGGGGAGACCACGCACAUCCCACAAUGGCCUUACUAUUACCCAGGGUAUGCCGAUAACAAUACAAAGCCUCAAAAUCCCGAAUCGGAAGACCAACAAAAUUGCAUGUACCCUCAAUAUUGGAACCCCUACUACUACGGUUACUACUAUGGAGCAAUGUAUCCACCUCCAUACUCCCCUUACCCUUUCUACCCGCCGCACAGUGACGCGGAGGAGGUAUCCGGAUAUUCUUCCAAUGAAGAAAUGGCAUACUACGGCGCGAGAUUCGCCGUAAUGCCGCCAACUGUCAACGGCUCGGCCGCGCCGAAACCUGAAGUUCCUAAAAAAUCCUCCAUAGAGAAGACGGAGGUGCGAAAGCACGAGUUAACCGACGAUGACGGCGAGACAUCGGACUCCGACGCCGAAAUGAUAGGUUACGAGGUGUGCAGAAAAACACCCGGCUUGCAGGCGAUUCGUUCCGUAUCCGACAUCAAGGUCUACGAAGCAGAGGAGAGCUCGCAGUGUUCCGACGACGAAUCGGAGGACACCACGGAAGGAAACGAGGACAGUUCGUCUCUGUGCGCUGCCGACGACGUUAUACCUCAUCAGCUUAGUGUUAUUUUCGAGGAAAGCGAAAGGACCGAAAGUGUACGUUUGGGUAGGGAGUCUAGUGUUUCCACCACCAUAAGCGAAGGAACCGCCACAAUCGAAAAUAGCGAAGACGAGGGGGCGGAGGAGUCCGACUCGACAGUGUUCGUUAAGUUUGUCGGGACAGAAAGUGAACAGACAGCCAAGCUUGGAGAAAUUGAAAAUUGUGAUAAUGAAGUACCUUACAAGACUGAUAGUAGUGAGAGUUUCAAAGACGCAUCAAACGGUUAUGAUGAUCUAACUCAUUUGGCUCAUUCCGAGUCCGGCAUCGACUUUUGGGCGCAUUUAGCUAAGGAUGCUUCUAGAUCCGACGUUUUUGUUACACCGAAGAAGUUGGUGCACGAAAGGAUUAUUGAAGAGGAAUCGCCAAACGUUCAGCAAAAUAGUAUUACUAGCAGUAGUAACGGGGAGCACUCCCAAAUAGCGAAGGAAGUCAGUAUUGUUAGUAGUAGUGACGAGGAAAAGUCAGAAGUUGACUUUUGGGCGGAAAUUAUAACCGACGAAGACCCGACAGUAACACAGCAAAAACAAGACGCGCGCUCUACUUGUUCUAGUCAUAGUAACUUAAGUGGGAGCGGCGCGGUACCUCAAAAAGAUAUCACUCCAGAAGAUAAUAAGACUGAAUUACCAGAAAGCGAGAAUCAAAACUGUGAUGAGACACCUUUGUCAAUUCAAGAACGCAUUCAAAUGUUGCAAGAGUCGAUUGCGGCCAAGAAAAAACAAUUGGGAGCUAACGAAAACAAGGCGAUCAAAGAGCGUAAAACUGAGUUGCAAAUUACGCCAGAUACGGACUGUUCGAGAAAGAGCAGUUUGAAAUCGUGCGAGGAAUGCAGCGAAGAAGAGGGAGAUUCGGGUGUUACUUCCGAUGUGAGUCGGCAUAUAUCCGAAGUCGAAACCGAUUUGGAUUUCUUAGAAGCGAAACAGUCAAACAAGUACCAAAGGGCUUCCACGCAUUCCAGACUUUUUAAACUCCUCCAAGACGAAUGUGAUAAUGAAGAUGAGGUCGACGAGGUCAAAAGUGUCGACGCGUGUAAGAGCAUGCUACGCAGAAGAGAUCAGUUGAGUUUGCCGCUGAGACAACCAGGUAGCGAUCCCGAAAGCUUCUCUUCCAGUGGAUUUACUUCUCCAGGAUCUCCCACUAUUAACGAUAGGUUAGUUAGUGAGUUAAUACAGAGUUUGUUGAUGAAAAAGCAAGGACGCGUUUUUAAGAAUGUUACGAUGGAAAAGUUACAGGCGGCCGCUUUGAGAAUUUUACAAGAAGACAUGGAUGGCUUGGAAACGCUCAGUUCUUCGGAGGAGGGUAGCUUCUUGUCGUCGAAGAGGGGUGAAGUCGGGAGUUCGCCUACCACCGCGCAAUACUUAAACGACUACAACCAAUAUUAUGAGUCCUGGAAUGAGGCGGCUAAGUACUGCGAAGGGCAGCAGGAUAUUUUACCUUCGAAAGCUUUCCGAUUGCUCCAAGAGCAUUCGGUCACAAACAAAACUGGCGCUUUCGCCGGGUUGUUGGCGCGUUGUCCGCGGGUCGUAAGCAACAAGAACGUACAAAAAGAAUUGUUGAAGCUUAUCGAAAGUGCCGAAGCUCCUUCGCCCAUUCCAGAAUCCUCCCCAUUCCCCAAUGCGAACGAGGCAGCAAACGCCUCUUGAAACUAAAUCGAGGAGGUGGAAAUUUUGAAAUUAGAAAUUGUCUAAACAAAUAUCGAAGUCCUGGGUUUUCGAUGAGGUCCAGGUCAGUCAGAUUUGUAAACGAUGUUGAUAACGUUUUUUUCUGUACAAGAUGUCGUAAUCUACGUCAAAUCACCGUUUUUCUUUUUGAAAUGUGUGAAUGUUAGUUUUGCUUUCUGUUAUAGUCGUAUACCAACUCCAUUUUCGCAAUUAGUGUUACUUUGGAGGGUAUUUAAAUGAUUAUAAAGUUGCUACCAAUUGUGAUUUUUAUGUAUAUUAUGCAUUUAGAACAAAAUCUUUUUAGUUUGUAACAACCACUAAGGAGAAAUGCUAAGUAUUAAUAACUCUUUUUAAUAAUUGUAUUGUAUAUGUACAUUUAAAUUUUAUUGGAAUGUUCGUUGCUCACUGAACUCAGUUCUAUAUUAGUCACAUAAAUAAAAUAUAUUGUGAAUAUUGUUAUACCAAUAUGUGCCUGUAGUAAUUAUUUAUUAUUUUUAAAUAAAAUUAUUAAUAAUU